AUUGUUUGACAACAAAACGCAACUAAGUAUCGAAUGUGGUGGGAGUGAAAUUGCAAAUGCUCCGAGUGCUCUCCUUACUGCAGAUGGGUGUACUAAUCUAUGGAAUUUAUUGAGAUCAAUUGAAUCAUCUGCAAAUGAAAAUAUAGUGUUUACAUUGACAGUUGGUGCAAGACGUAGGUCGCAUUGAGCGUAGUCGAGUCGCGCGCGCAUCGACCAUCAAGCAUCCAGCAGUAACAGCCAGCCUUUAACAACGCAAACAUUACCAAAAAAAUCUAGGUGUGUUUGCGUGUGCUUUAUUCAUUUUUACAUUAUACUAACAAACUGAUUGCACUUGCUUUUUUUACGUUGGCCCCGUUCUGUUUUCGUUUUCUUCCUCAUACCAUUUGCUAGCACACAAACAUGACUGACAUUAGUGAUUUAGAUAGACAAAUCGAGCAGCUGAAACGUUGUGAGAUCAUCAAGGAAGCUGAAGUUAAAGCGCUUUGUGCCAAAGCCAGGGAGAUCUUAGUUGAGGAGAGCAAUGUGCAAAGAGUCGAUUCUCCAGUUACAGUUUGCGGUGAUAUCCACGGCCAGUUUUACGACCUCAAGGAAUUGUUCAAAGUAGGCGGAAAUGUUCCUGAAACAAAUUAUUUGUUUAUGGGUGACUUCGUAGAUCGCGGUUUCUACAGCGUCGAAACUUUCCUACUACUGUUAGCUUUAAAAGUCAGAUACCCAGAUCGCAUUACUUUAAUCAGGGGUAACCACGAAUCAAGACAGAUCACCCAGGUGUACGGAUUCUACGACGAAUGUUUACGCAAAUACGGUUCUAUCACCGUUUGGAGAUACUGCACUGAAAUAUUCGAUUAUCUCUCCUUAUCCGCCAUCAUCGAUGGCAAGAUCUUCUGUGUCCACGGUGGACUUUCGCCUUCCAUUCAAACUCUAGACCAAAUUCGUACCAUUGAUAGGAAACAGGAGGUCCCACAUGACGGACCCAUGUGUGAUUUGCUCUGGUCCGAUCCAGAGGACACGCAAGGUUGGGGUGUUUCGCCUAGAGGUGCUGGUUACCUGUUCGGGUCGGACGUCGUUUCACAGUUUAACUCUGCCAACGAUAUCGAUAUGAUCUGCCGUGCCCAUCAACUAGUCAUGGAAGGUUACAAGUGGCACUUUAACGAGACUGUUUUGACCGUAUGGUCAGCACCAAAUUACUGUUACCGUUGCGGAAAUGUUGCUGCAAUUCUAGAACUUAACGAGCAUCUGCAACGUGACUUUACGAUAUUCGAAGCGGCCCCUCAAGAAACCCGGGGAAUACCCUCCAAGAAGCCACAAGCUGACUAUUUCCUCUAAAACAAUUAGGUAUUUUUAUUAUAUAAAUGAAAGAAAACAUCAAAAAAAAAACA